UACUGCACACUAAAGAGGAAAAAAGAAAAAGAAAACACACAUAAAAUAGAAAGAAGAAAAUUUCUCUCGAAGAAAUGGUUUGAUUCUUCAGGUACUCUGCAUUUAAAAAUGGCAUUAUAACACUUCACUUUUCUUACUUAACUAAACACAAAGAGAGAGAGAGCAAAAGGAAAGAGUUAGUCUACAGUUUCAGUCUUCAGUAGGAGAAGAAGUUGUUUUUGCCAUUUUUACACCAAUGGAAAUUAAAGCUUGGAUCUUUCUAUGUUUUUUGCUCAUGAAAUGUUAUGCGGUUGUUGAAGUAGAGGGCAUGGUGCAAGAGAAGGAGGAAUCAACUAUUCCAGUUACAACUCUUUCACCUCCUGAAGGCAACACUACAUUCCUUGGUGGGACAACUUGGUGCGUGGCACGGGCCGGGGCUCCGCAAUUUGAUUUGCAGAAUGCAUUGGACUGGGCUUGUGGAUUGGGAAUGGCGGAUUGCAGGCCGAUCCAAGCCGGUGGCCCGUGCUUUGAGCCCGAUACGCUUUUAUCUCAUGCUUCAUUUGCUUUCAAUGACUACUAUCAACAGAAUGGUAAUUCUGAUAUUGCUUGCAAUUUUGGAGGAACUGCUAUGUUGACUAAAAGCAACCCAAGUCAUGAGAAAUGUAUUUAUGCUACAUCUGGACCCAGGAUUGGUGAUAUGAAGUCUACAGCACCACCAUUUCCCAAAAACAGCUUAAGCAUUAUGUGGUGGAAAAUUGCUAUUAUUCUUCUUCUCUUGUACUCGGGAAGCUGAGAUGUGCACCAACUUUUGCAUCAAAGUAGAGCAUAAUCAAGAAGAGAUACUCUAAUGAAUUAAGAUAUAUAUGUACAGCUCUGGGACAUUAAUUCUUAGAGUGGUUUAAUUUCUUAAGUAUAUUCCUUCCUUUCUUCUUGUAUUAAGUUAAGCAUCUUAGCCAUUGAGAAGAAAUCUUCUCUUUUUUAAAAAGACAGAAAAAUUCAAUGCAGAUUUUGUAAAAUUGUUGAUGACUUUAAUAUUACAUAUGCUUAGUAAGAAC